GAAUUUCCGGUUCCGUACUCCUUAAGAUUUCUAUCAUGAGUAUUUAAAAUUUACCUUUCUACAAAUUACUUUGCCUACCGUUUCCCUUGUCAUAGUAACUAUUCAAAGAUAUCAUUUACAUAUUUAGAGGAUUUAUUUGGAAAGUAAUAGAAAUCUAAUUCGUCAUGAGUAUAAUGCAGUACAAUGGAUCGGCUAUUAUAGCCAUGACUGGAAAAGACUGUGUAGCAAUCGCCUCCGAUAAGCGUUUUGGAAUACAGUUACAAACUGUCGCAAUGGAUUUCCAAAAGAUUUUUGAAAUAGGGCCACAUUUAUUUAUCGGCUUAUCGGGUUUGGCAACUGAUGUUCAGACAGUAGCUCAGCGCAUCCAAUUCCGAAAGAACUUGUAUGAACUUAGAGAAAAUAGAAAAGUUAAACCAGAUACCCUAAUGAGUAUGGUUUCCAACCUACUUUAUGAAAGACGAUUUGGACCAUAUUUUGUUGAACCUGUAAUUGCUGGUUUAAAUGAAAAAACUGGUAAACCUUUCAUUGCAUCAGCAGAUCUGAUAGGAUGUUCUGUGAUUCUUGAAGAUUUUGCUGUAGCGGGAACCUGUACCGAACAAAUGUACGGCAUGUGUGAAUCAUUGUGGGUCCCAGAUAUGUCUCCAGACGCCCUUUUCGAAUGUAUUUCACAAGCCUUGAUGAAUGCGGUAGAUAGAGAUUGUGUUUCUGGUUGGGGUGGUGUUGUCCACGUAAUUGAAAAAGAUAAAGUUACUACAAGACAUCUUAAAGCCAGAAUGGACUAA